AUGGUCGUAUGUGCACAUACAUUCGCGCAUUCGUCUGUCAUCAUCGGAAGCGUAUCGUCAGUACCAUUUGGAGCUAAGGAAGCUGCAAACAUUAUGACGAAUGAUGCCAUGACAAAGUUUCACAAGUUUUUAAGCUCGACGAGAUCGACCGCUAAACAGGAUAGGAUGGAUGAGUCCUCAGAAAGCGAAGAUAACGACUCUUCCGACAGCGACUCAUCAGAAGGCGUUGGCAAAUAUCAUUCCUCUCGCAACAGCUCCGCUAAAAGCGAUUCUUCUGACAGCGAUGAUGUCAGCGACUCUUCUGACAGUGUUGAUGACAGCGAUUCUUCUGACAGCGAUUCUUCUGACAGCGUUGAUGACAGAAAUGUCAGCGACGCCUCUCCCAUUAUUUCUGUCGGUCAUGUGCUAAAUGUGACUAGUACUAUCAGGUCUAGAUACAAAAACUGGAUAGGAAGCGCACUUGGCGCUGCAGCCGAUACGGCGUGUUAUCGGAAGACGCACAUUGCUAAGGUUUGUCCACUGGGUUAUGAUGCAAAGCUCGGAACGUGCUGGGCACAGUGUCCGUACAAUUUUCCCGUCGAGUGUGGCAUGGAAUGCAUCCGGCAAAAUGAUGACUGCGCUUUGGAGGUGAUUAGUAAAAUUUCUAUGGUUGGUCAGGCAGUAUUCUCUCUGGCUGCGUACAAUGUGUAUGGGAAGUUCACGGCAAUGGCAAAAGCUAUGCAACAAGCUUUUAAGUGUGUUAAAGAAAUGAUGGGAUUGGUAAAAGCGUUAUCGAAGUAUAUUCGAAAUGUCGAAGUGACAAACCCAAAUACACCUCAGGAUAAGCUGAUCUUGAUGCUGUAUCAGACGGACAAUGUGGUUUUUGAUAUACCGGUCACUAUCAUGUCGUGUCUUGGAAUUAAAGUUGAGGAAGAAUUUAAGUUUAAGGAUAGGUUUGUGAACACCGUUGAGAUUAUUGUGAGAGACAUACUUGCCAAUAAAGCCACUAUCACUUCCAGCUGGAGCACAUUCACGAAUUUUAUGAAAAACGCUACUCUUGGAUCGAUGAUUGACGCUUUGAAUUCGACCGAAAUUACGUCGUUGCAGUCGGCGCUGAAAUCUGAUUCAACAUGCGGGUACGAUAUGAAGCGUCUGCUGGACCGAACGUGGAUGACAGUGGCAGAACUGCGUCGAAAGGACCCAUAUAUCUCCGAAGACGACAUUCGUGUUGCUAUGAGCAAGUCUGAUCUAGUGUUGUAUGAAAUUGCAAUUGUGACAAAUAAUUGCAUGCCUGAACUGAUUGCUGAGUCCGACGUGGCAACGGCAUAUGCUACGCGGGACACGCUGCGCAAGGGAUUCGGAAAUAUAGUGGACGACUUGAUCAGUUCGGGGACGAGCAGCAAUGGCACGCUCCUAACAGCUAAGGAGUACGCGUACACUAUCGCUAACAAGGCAGCAACUUUUUACGCUGUUUGGGAUAAAAGUAACGUAGGCGGUGCAAUCUCCGAGUUUCUCCAGACCAUUUGUGGUCCUACGGAGUUUAUUGGUGAAAUUGAUGAUGGCACUGCCGAACAAGCGCUGGGAUUAAAGAUUGUGAAGGACGCUUUUAAAAACAGUACUGGCAAUUGGACGAAGUAUGGGGACGGCUCUGUUACUAUCACAUUUAAGAGUGUGGAUGUGAAGGAUGUAACUGUGAAUAUCAAGUCUGGUGGUAACUUAAUUGAUGAAGUGGAUGUUGCUGCUGGCACGACUGUAACAUGGUCAUCGAACGUGACAGUAUUAGGCGGUAAGACGCUGUACCUGGACCGCUGGCGUCCCAAAUUUUUAGGACUCCCCGGUAAAAGAGGGGGUUCACUGUUGUUAUGGGUGCCUCGGUCAACGAAAGGUGGCAACUUGCAGCUCACUGUGAAGAUCAACGUGAGCUGA